UCUACUUUUUUUGGAAUUUUCUUGUCUUGUUUCUGGUUUAAAUUUUCUUCAAUUUUCAAUUAAUUUUUUCAAGAAUUUCGGAAGAAUGUAUCUUCAAUUAGUAUAUAAACUUCCAGAUGUGUGUGUGGCCUAUUGGUUAAGGCGUUGGGAUUUUACUGGGAAUCGACGUGGGUUCGAAUCCCUUGUUUUUCUUAUCACUUUUAUUUUGUUCUCUGACCCAUUUUAUUUUAAAAUUUUAUUGUCUUGUUUCCCAAAAAAUUUUUUCACGAUUUUUUUCUAUAUUUUAGACUUUUUUAAAUGUUUUUUGUUCUAUAUUAAAUUACUUUAAUUUCUGACAAUGAAUAAUUGGCUGCAAAACAUAAAAGGACAAAUUACCGAAUUAGCAACAGAAGUUUUAAAUGACGCAACAGAAGAAGGACAAGUAUCAACAACUAGUGAAUUACAAAUUGAAAAGAAAAAAUCAACAGAAUGUGAACGUUUAUAUUUGGUUGAAAAAUCAAAAUGUGAAGCUUUGGAGAAAAAAUUGGUGGAAAUGGAAGAACAACUUUAUAGUGUAAAUAUUGAAAAUGAUGCGGUUAAAGAAAAAUUUAUGGCGAUUGUUUCGGAUAGAGAUGAAAUGAUUAAAAAAUUGGAGAGAGAAAUGGAAAGACUAAAAUUUCAUCAAGAAAAUCAAGAAGGGACUUUCCAAAAUAUUGAACUUGACUCUGAUUCAACAUCUAGAGAAGAGGGAGAGCUUUCUAGUCAAAUUUCUAAACUUAAAGAGAAGCACGAAAAUGAAAUUUCUGCAAUUUUGUCUGUACACAAUUCUAAUGUUAAACAACUGAAGGAGGAUUAUGAGAAGAGAAUUGAACAACUUGAGACUUGGAAUGCUUCUAAUUUAAACGAACAAAUAUCCGCUGAAAAGGAUGAAACUUUACUAGCUGAUAUUAAUUUGUUAAAAUCAGAUAUUGCUUUAUUAAAAGCAGAGAUUGAUGUUAAAAAUGCUGAGAUUGAAGAAAUCAAACAUGAAAGAGACAAUUUACGGCAACAAAUUGAAGAAAUUAACGAAGAGACUAGACGUAAUGAAAAAUUGUUGUUAACUGGAAGUGAAGAAUUUAAGCCUUCGAGUGAUUCAGAAUCAGCAGCUUCAAAUAAUGCUGAUUGGGAAAAAAUGGGAAAAGAUGAAAUUGAAGUUGAAGGAGUUUCGAGCAGUACAACAACUACAAGUGAAACAAAAGAUUCAUCGACAAGUGAUGGAAAAUAUUUAAUGAGAAGUGAAAGAAGACAAAGAGGAGGUGGAAGAGUUGAAAUGAUGGAACAGAGUAUUCAAACAGAACAAUUUACUCCAGAAGAAGAUAUUCAAAUAAAUCAAUUGAAGGAUGAAAUGUCUCAUUUACUCGAACAAAUUGCCCAAUUAAAAGAACACAUAUCUCUUGAAGAAAUAAGUAAACGGCAAAUAUUAUUAGAAAAAGAACAAGUUAUUGAACAGUUGUCUAAUAAAGAAAAGGAAUUGAAGCAUUUAAAAGACGAAUUAGAAGAAUGGAGGAAGAAUAUUGAAGAAGAAAAGGAGAAACGAUUUGAAGAACAGGAAAAAUUAAAAGAUCUUUUGAAAGAAAAGGAAGAAAAUAUUGAAGGAUUAAACCUUUUAUUGGAAUAUGAUAAAAGGGCUAAAAGUGAUUUUAAUGACGAAAUUAAAUUUUUAAAAGAAGAAUAUGAAAGCAAAUUGAAAGAAAUUGAAGAAAAAAAUUGUUUUGAAAAAGAGGAAAUUAAAAAGAGGGAAAUGGAUAAAAUUGAAUUUUUGGAGAUGGAGAAUAAAAGGCAUUUGAAGGAUCUUUCAACUCUAACUUCAGACAAUUCAGAAUUAAAAUCUUUAUUGGAUUAUGAACAUUCGGAAUGCCAAAAAUAUUAUUUUAAAUUGGAAGAAUUUUCUCAAAAAUUGGAAUUGUCUUUAAAUGAAAAUAAAAAUAAGGAUAAAGAAUUGGAAAUUAAAAAUGGGAGAAUAUUAAAAUUGGAAAGCGAAUUGGGACGUUUAAAAGAACAUUUACUUGGAAUUGAAGAAAUAUCUUCUAAAGAAGCAAUAGCUGCUGAAGAACGUGAAACCGAAUUACGCCGUCAAUUGAGAGAAUUUCAAAAUAAAUAUGAAAAUGAUGAAUUUACAACGUCAAAAUGUUUACAAAAUUAUCAAAAUGAAUGUGAACAAUUAAAAAUAAAUUUACAAAAUUUAAAAAAAGAAAAGGAGGAUUUGACUUCAAAUUUAAAUGAAAAGGAAAGUUCGUUGGCUGAAACUAAAAAUGCUUUAAUUAAUUUACAAAUUGUUUUGAAGGAUCUUGCUGAUGAACAAAAAAGUGAAAAACUUCGGUUUGAAGGAGAAAUAAAAAUGUUGAGGGAUGAAUUAAAGAAAGAAAAACAACAAAUCCAACAAUUUCAAAAAAAAGAAGAAUUAAUUCAAUUAACCCAAGCAACAAAUUUGGAUAAAUUAAAUUAUUUAGAAUCUCAAUUAAAAAUUAAAAAUGAUUUGAUUGAUGAAUUAGAAAAUUCUUUGGAAGAAUUUAGAAUAUUACAACAACAACAAGAAUUAAAUUUGGAAAACCCUAAAAUUUUUAAAAAUUCACAGCAACCUCCAGCAACCAAAAAAAUUGACGAUUCUACUUUAAAACAAUUAUUUCUAUCCUUCUUUAUGGCAGAAAAAUCAAAACAACCUGAAAUUGCUAUUGUUAUGGCUAAAAUAUUGGGGUAUAGUCAAGAGGAACAAGCUCAACUUCAAAAAGCAAUAAGUGCUUCAACUUCAAGCAGUUCAUGGUUCUCUUUUGGCAGUUCUCCUCAACCCUUUUCAAGAAAAGAGGUUUCAUUGACCGAACAAUUUAUUAGAUUCUUAGAACAAGAAUCUGUUGACAACACAAAAUCAAUGCUUGCCUUGCCUCCUAUUGAGGUUUAA